AUGGGCAUCACCUCCGUCGCUCUGUGGGUUGUUCUUGUCUUCGUCGCCUCAAUACAGGCCCUCCCCGAAGGACGAGGACCCAGAUACUUUGGCCUCCCAUUUGGCCUCCCAUUCGAGCCAGCCGGGAGACCGCAUCCCGGCUUCUUUCCCACCGGACAUUCGAGUCCCAGGCUCUUUCCCACGAGUCCGGCUCACCCAUUCUUUCCGGGCCACGGGCGCCCUCCUCCAGUACCUGUACCUGGACGCGGGCCCAAGCCUUCUCAGAGCCCCGUCUCCUAUUCGGGUGCGCCCAUCAUCGGCACGGCCAGUCUGCCUGCAUCGCUUUCAACUGUCGUCUUCCCGUCAAACCUUCCGACAGCGGGCUUCCCAAAGCAGUCGUCGGGGUCAUCUCUCGGAAUCAAUGCUCUGCCACAGAGCAAGACCAACGGCAACUCCCUGCUCGGGACAUUCGCUGCUCCAAAAUACCCACAAUUCAUCGGUCAGUCUUCAGGUGGCGGUACAGGGUUUCCACCAGGUACAGGCAGCUUUCCAUGGGGCAACCGAACAGCGAACGGCACCAAUCCGUAUCGAUCAGCCCCCUCGACGGGCGUGGUCCGCUCAUACAAUUUCGUCAUCGCCAGAGGCACAAUCGCUCCUGACGGGGUUGAGCGCAGCGGACUGUUGAUCAACGGGGGCUUCCCUGGGCCCACGAUCGAAGCAAACUGGGGGGAUACGAUUGAAGUGACGGUCAGCAACCGCAUCACCGGGCCAGAGGAGGGUACAUCCUUGCACUGGCACGGCAUGUUGCAAAAAGGGACACCAUUCGAAGACGGUGUGCCGGGCAUCACCCAGUGCCCCAUCGCUCCCGGAGAAACGUUUACCUACUCAUUCAACGCUGACUUGUACGGCACGACGUGGUACCAUUCGCACUACAGCGCUCAGUAUGCCGGUGGUGUGUUCGGCGCCAUGAUCAUCCACGGGCCAGUCAACGCGCAAUACGAUCAAGACCUGGGCCCGGUGCUGCUGACGGACUACUACCACAAGGACUACGACACGAUUGUAGAGGAGGUCAUGGGCACCGAUCUCAGCCUCAUCGCGCCUAGCUCCGUCAACAACCUCAUCAACGGGAAGGGGGUAUAUGACUGUACGCUGGUGUCCAAUGUCACCUGCACCCCCAAUGCAGGACUAUCCAAAUUUCAGUUCACGUCAGGCCAGUCGUAUCGACUCCGCCUGAUCAACGCGGGAGCCGAGGGCCUGCAACGGUUCAGCAUCGACAACCACGUCCUGACCGUGAUCGCUUACGACCUGGUCCCCAUCGAGCCGUACACCACCACGGUCGUGACGUUGGGGAUUGGCCAGCGCGCCGACGUGAUUGUUCACGCCAACGGGUCCAGCAGCGACCUGGUGUGGAUGCGAUCGACCAUCAGCUCGUACUGUUCCGUCGCCAGCCAGCCCGACGGCUUGGCCAUCAUCUACUACCAGGAUGCAAAUACUACCGCUGCCACCACCAACUCCAGCACCAACAGCACCACUACCACCACCACCGCAGAGCCGACAUCGACGGCGUGGCCGAUCGACGACACAAGUUGCGGCAACGACGCCCUCGCCGAGACGGUUCCAUACUACGCCAUCACGCCGCCGUCGACCAACACGAGUGCCACCGUCCAGGUCGCUCUGAACUUCGAGAUCAAUUCGACAGGUCACUUCUUGUGGACCAUGGAUGGGUCGAGCUUCCGCGUCGACUACAACGACCCGGUGCUGAUGCUGGCCGAUGCCGGCAACGACUCGUACCCCUACGACCCCGAGUGGAACGUGUACGACUUCGGCAGCAACAAGAGCUUCAUCGUCGUCAUCAACAAUGAAACUCCGGUUGCCCACCCCAUGCACAUCCACGGCCACAACAUGUUCGUCUUGAACGAGGGGUUGGGCUCGUGGGACGGCUCCGUCGUCAAUCCAACUAACCCGACCCGGCGUGAUGUGCAGAUGCUCCAGCCGUACGGCUACAUGGCCAUGCAGAUCGACGCCGACAACCCGGGCGUCUGGCCGUUCCACUGUCAUAUUGCCUGGCACGUCAGUGGUGGGCUUUAUGUCAAUAUCUUGGAACACCCGGAGCUCAUCCCCUCUGCCAUCGAGAUUCCAUCCAGCGUCAACGACCUGUGUACCUCAUGGGGCUCCUUCACCGCCCAAGGCCCCAUCGAUCAGAUCGAUUCGGGAUUGCGCAGACGCAAGCGCAGGCAGCGUGGUACGGAGUGGCCACGCAAGUUCUCGAACCCGCUCCGGCGGACCUUGUAG